GCGCCGGGCUGAGGCGUGCUCGGCGCUGCCGUGCAGCGUGCGCCUUGGGGUGCAACCCCUGCGAGCACCGCGGGGUGCAUUCCCUGCAUGCGCUGAGGGCUGCAGUGCUCCGCGUGCACCAGAGGAUGCAUUUCCUGCAUGCACCGAGGGAUUCUCUGCAUGCAUUGAGGGCUGAGGUGCAGUGCACGCACUGAGGGAUGCGCUUCCUGCAUGCACUAACCCAUGUGGUGUUUGCAUGCACUGAAGAAUGCAUUCCCUGCAUGCACCAAGGACUGCAAUACUCUUCGUGCACCAACAGGUGCUAUGGUUUACGUGCACGAAGGGAUGCAUUUUCGGCACGCAGUUGAGGCUGCACUUCCUGCAUGCACUGUGGUGCUCUGCACACCCGGAGGGCUGCAUUCCCUGCAUGCACUGACAGAUGCAGCGCUGCCCAUGCACGGAGGGCUGCAUUUCCCACAUGCACCAUGAGCAGCACCGCCACAGACCCACCCCACGGUGCAGCCUGCUCCAGACCUACAUCCCCCACCCACCCAUGCGCAUUUCCAUGCUCUGCCAUGCACCAGGGGACCGUGCAGCACGGCCCCGUGCAGGACGAGCGGCAGCAUCACGCUGCAGACGGGCCAUGCGCUCCCUCCCACCCGAACCCCAGCAACCCCCCCCUUUCUGCAGGUCCCCAUUCCCCCCUCAGCAGCCGCUCAGGGCCCCGUGUGCAGCUUUGCACCCGGCUGCCCUUUGUGGUAACGGCGCGAAGGCAGGAAGCGGAGCAUGGGGAGGAAACGGCAGCACCCGACCGCACGUCACGUGGCGUCAGCGCCCACGGGGCACUGGGGACAUUGGGUGACGGAGGAGCAGCGCAGGUGGAUGCUCCGGGCUGCAGGAUGGAGGAGGCGGUGGUGAAGCAGGGCGUGCUGCACCUGCAGCUGCAGCAGACCUUCGGCAAGAAAUGGAAAAAGUAUUGGGGCGUCCUGUACCGGGAAACCCCCUGCUCCACCGCCCGCCUGGAGCUCUUCGAGGGCGCCGACAAACCGCGGAAGGGCGAGGGCAGCCGGCGCCUGGUGAAGAUGAGCGACUGCGUGCACGUGGCCGAGGCGGGCGGCGAGGUGGGCUGCCCCCGCGCCACGGCCCCGUUCCUGCUGGAGACCACCGAGAAGCGGUACCUGCUGGCGGCCGAGGGCGGCGAGGUGGAGGGAUGGGUGCGGAGGCUGUGCCAGCUGGCGUUCCCGACUGAGGUUGGAGAACACCAGGUCCAACCAACCCAUCCCCACCGUGCCCCGCUGACCGCGUCCCCAAGCUCUGCCCUUUCCUUGAGGGACGAUGCCGUGCCCUUUCUCCAGGUGACCUUCUCCUUCGAGGCCGGCCGGCGCUGCGCCUCUGGCGAAGGGAACUUUGAGUUCGAGACCAGACAAGGCAACGAGAUCUUCCAGGUGAUCGAGUCGGCCAUCGCCGUGCAGCGGCAACGGGGCGGCCCCGGGGACGAGGGCACACGGCCGCGCCAACAAAACCAGCUCCCCGAGCGGGCGCCGGAGCAGGAGGAGCAGCGCGCCAAGAGCAUCUACACCGAGCCCUGCAACUCCCUGCUCCGUGCCAGCCCCUCGGCCGUGCCCAAAGCUCCGGAGAAGGGCAGGAAGAAGGAUGCAGCGGGCGAAUUGGAAUACGCCGUUCCCUUUGAUACCAUUGCCAAGUCGCUGAUGGUCGGAAAAUUCGGGAGCAUCCUCCACGGCCCGGCCGACGCUCCGGAUCCGCUGUACGACAGCAUCCAAGAGGCGGGAGGGCAUCGUCCCCUGCCUCGUACCCGCGCCAAACCGGAGCACAUCUACGAUGAGCCCGAGGGUGUGUGCAUCCACUCCGUCUACGAUGAGCCCCAGGAGGUGAAGGGUGAAGCGUGGAGGCUGCAGGCGGCCCCCGAGGAGCCUGCGGGGCACGAAUAUCCCUACAACCCGCAGCGGGACGACUACGCCGUGCCCAAGAGAGCCGUCCCGCUGCGGCAGGGCAAGGAGUGGCUCGGGGACACCGAGUACGACAACGUGGUCUUCCAGUUGGCCAAGAAGAGGAACAAGCAGUGAGAGAGCGCGGGGUGCUCGGCCCCGUCGCCAGCGGUGCACAUCUGGACAGCUGCGGCCGCUGGAGGGCACUGUCCGCCCGCGCUAUGGGGUCGGCACCGCCGGACUCGGGAGCAGGGCACGGUGCGCCCCAUAGCCUGGCAAAGCGUGGGCCCAAGGGUGCACGCCCCACACCAUAGCGGCGGGGUGAGGAAGCACGGACCCAGAGGUGCACAUCCUUCGCCGUAAGGGAUGGGUGAUGGUGAACAUCCCAGGGAUGCACAUCCCUCGCUGCAAGGGCUGGAUGCUGAUGCACGUCCCAGGGAUGCACAUCCCUUGCUGCAAGGGCUGUGUGCUGAUGCACAUCCCAGGGAUGCACAUCCCAUGCUGCAAGGACUGGAUGCUGAUCCCAGGGAUGCACAUCCCUCACUGCAAGGGCUGGAUGCUGAUGCACACCCCAGGGAUGCACAUCCCACACUGCAAGGGCUGGGUGCUGAUGCACAUCCCAAGGAUGCACAUCCCACACUGCAAGGGCUGGAUGCUGAUGCACAUCCCAGGGAUGCACAUCCCACACUGCAAGGGCUGGGUGCUGAUCCCAGGGAUGCACAUCCCACACUGCAAG